GAUGGAGACGUGGGUAAGCGACGAGAUAAAAAGAAAGCAUUAAAAUGGAGGAAAAAACAUCCGAGUAAACAGGUUCAUCAUCAGUCUGGUGGAGGGACUAUAAAUGGAACCGUAAAUAAGAAAGAUCAAAAGAGAACCACAGACAAAGAAGGUGCACCCAGAGAAGUAUUACAACAAAAUGCAAACAACAGGGAGUUUCAAGAUUUGGUGGACACUAUUACUCUAUUUCCGAUCACGACGAAACAAAUAUACUUAAAGAACACAUUGCUUCAUGGUGUGGCCGAAUUAAUGUCAAUAAAGAAGAAGUUUUCACAAAAAACAUUCACACUAGAAGCCUUGGAUCCUGUUGAUAUGUUGUCACAAUCCGAAAGGCACCUUUUGAAAGAAACAUGGAAAUCUUUUGAAACUCUUAGUGAAAAAUGA